UUUAUGUAACCGUAUUUUGAAUGGACGCGCGAAAUGAGGUGUUUACAGUAAUUUGAUAAGGCUAAAGGGAGUUAAAGCAUAAUCACAACUUCAGAUGUGCUGUGUUGUCACACGUUCGGCGGGAGUUACUCAACAUGAUUUUAAGCAUAUGUUGUGGCGUUUUGUUUACCUUGGUAACCACUGCUGAGUCAGCCUGCAGUGCGGGCCGCACCAAACAUGAACUGCGAGGUGCCUGGAUCGCCACAGUCAGCAACAUCGACUGGCCAAAGUCCAGCUCAAAGACAACAAGUCAGAAUAAAGAUGACCUCACAGCAUUACUUGAUGCUCUGGCCUCCGAGACCAUCAACGCUGUAUUCUUUCAGGUUCGAUCUAAUGGAGAGGCGAUGUACAAUUCGUCCAUCGAACCAUGGAGCCAGUACUUGACUGGACAUCAGGGCACACACCCGACUCCUGCCUGGGACCCUCUGCACUUUCUUGUCAUUGAGGCUCACAAGAGAAACAUUGAGGUCCACGCAUGGUUUAACCCAUACAGGGCAAGAUCUGGUUCCACGACCACCACAGGACUGGCACCCAAUCAUAUGGCCAGGGAGCUAUCCGCCCACGCUCAUCCGUACGGCAAUUACAUAUGGAUGGAUCCUGGAAGCAAACAAGUUCAGGACCGCGUGAACGCUGUGGUGAUGGAUGUGGUGAACAGAUAUGACGUCGAUGGUGUCCACAUGGACGACUACUUCUACCCGUACCCAACGGCUGAAAGUUUUCCAGAUACAGCCACAUUCAAUGCUUACAAGAGUGCAGGAGGUAACUUGUCACACAACGACUGGAGGCGUGAAAAUGUGAAUACUUUAAUCCACAGACUGUCUACUAACAUUCAUCACGCCAAACCUUGGGUCAAGUUCGGCAUUGCACCAUUUGGCAUAUGGAAGACUGGACAUCCUGCUGGUGUCGUAGGUCUGUCCAGUGUAGACUCUCUACACGCAGAUUCACGACACUGGCUGCACCAGGGUUGGCUGGACUACAUCGCCCCUCAACUCUACUGGGUGAUUGAUGGGCCCCAGAGUUUUACCAAACUGAUUGACUGGUGGUCAGACCCUGCCCAGAACCCAACACAUAAACACGUGUACGCUGGUCUUGCCGACUACAGGGUGGUUGAAAACAACUGGAAUGUGAAUGAGAUACUGCACCAGGUCCAGGCCACUCAAUCAAGAACUGCCCACGACGUCUGGGGGGUCAUUCAUUACAGCGCCAAGCAUGUGGAGCAUAACGUCCACAGUUUGUUCACCACUUUGAAGUCGUCUGUCUACAAACACCCCGCUCUUCCGGACAAAUACAGCUACCGGGGCGGGGUCCCAGCUCCUGCCGCCCCGAAGGUCACAGCCAGUGGACCCACUCUGGACUGGAGUGGUAGCAGUCAUGAAAACGUCCGCUCCUGGGCUGUGUAUCACAGCGUGGCAAACACCUGCACACUGGUCAAGGUCCUGAACGCCGCCACCACUCACCUGGAUGUCAGCGGUCAAGGCGAGUACGUGGUGUCAGCGGUUAACAGGCUGGGGGAAGAAACUGACGGAAACCCCGUCACUGUGACAACAGUAGUGGGCUAAGUGAAAUAGACUUUGUGUUACUGUUGUGGAAGUUUAGGGUCAUACAUUUAUUUUUCAAUGGUAACUGAAUAAAAGAAAAUAUAAAAUAGCUACGCUUUAAAUCCACAAUAAAUGUUGUUCUUCAUA